GAUUAAUUAAUGCUUAAGUGGUAAGACUGCUACACUACUAAACAGCGAAGUAAACGACCAAGUCACCUAUCCCUUAAAGAAGAUACUCAAACCCUCAACUAAUCCUCAUUUUCACUAACCAGUAACCAACCUUUGUCUCUUUCUCCGCUUUUCUGUUUAGAGCAUGCAGAGACAAUCCUUAGGUUCGCCAAGCUCCAAACUCCGCAUCCAUGGCGGAGAAGAGAGUUCCGUCUCCGAAGAUCAGAAACGCCAAGUAAUCAUCGAUGAUGAUGACAGCAAAGACAUCAGGCCUCGUCGAUUUUCCUUCUCUGCAACCUCGUCGUUGACAUCGCCUCCUAAGCCUGAGAAGUUCAUUCACUUAAUUCCUCUUCUCACUCUCCUUUGCUUCCUCAUUCUUUAUCUAAAUUCUCACAGUCCUUCACAAUCUGAUUUGGCUGAAUUUAAUGGAUUUAAGCAUCCCUCAAAGCAUUCAGACUCAACUGCAAUCGGUCAUGUUGACCAUUUUAUUGAUUCUCGGAGAGGCGAUGUUUUGGGGAUUCGAAGCCUAAAGAACUUGCAAGAACUUGAUAAAAACGUCUCAAAAUCUCGCCCCCACAGGAAAAUAGCCGAUUUCUAGGCGGCCGUCUCUCGGUUUAUCUCUCUCUCUAUCUCUUUCCCCCGUCGCUCGUUCAUGGCCUCCUUGUCAAGCAGACCAUAAGCCCACACGUGUCGGCCACACUUGCACGUGCGAGCAUUUUGUGCACAAAAAUUGUUUUGUCUAUCGUGUAGAAUUAAAUUGCAUGUUAAAUUCUUAGGUUGUGAAGCAACUAGCUUAGCUGGCGCUGCGUGGUGGCCCUUGUUCAGUUAUUUUAUUAUCAUUUUUUUACUUGAAAUAAAUUACAUGAGGGUUGCUUGGAAAAAGUAUUUCCAGAUUAAAGAAAUCAAAUAAGCUAAAGUGCGCGAUGGAAGGCGUGAGUUAGCGAUAGAGGCGGCCGGAGUUUGGGAUCCAGCUGGGAAUAAGGAGCGUCAUAGUGCAUAGCAUAUUAAUUGCUCAAACGGUGAUACUGAUAAUCUUAUUCUUGAUUUGGUUGCAUUUCUUUUUUCUGUUACCAUACUCAAAGCUACGUGUGUAAUUAAAUGGGUGUAAGUGUUAUAAUUUCGGAAUUGCUUUGGGUUAUUGACGAUGUUUAAGUUCCUUUGUUUUCUUUUCCUAAUGUUUAUAAACAUUUUUGAAAUAAUUGUACUGAGAGAGCGUGCUGUCUUAA